AUGGAAGGCUUUGUCAUACCACCUGCCUCUGAGGAAAUUAUUGAAAGUGAACCGGAGAGUUAUCGGGCCUCGGCCGAGUUGUAUUCUUACCUUGCGAACAUGGGCAACGUUUACGAAGACUACAGGUGGAGCUUUCACUCAGAGCAUGUCCAGCCUGCAGAUUUGGACCAUUUACCGUCCAGUCAUUUAACGGAACUUCAAUGCGUGGCUCCUCAGCCAAUUCAUCCUUACCGCUAUGGGGUUGAUGAUCAUCUUCACCUGGAUUCCCCUCUCACCGUGUUGCCACAAAUCCCAAACUACACCUCGCCGUUGUACUACCAGUACCAAAGUUCAGUCACGCCCGCCCACUACUAUUCAGAAGGGGAACAAAGAGGUGUCAGCCCCCCACUUGAGGUAUCAGAAGGCGAGGAUGCAUCAGAAUACCACAACCUGCCCUCACUCAAGAAAGACACAAACACCAGAAGGAAAAUCCGCUUGUACCAGUUUCUCUUGGACUUGCUAAAAAAUGGCAACAUGAGCGAUUCUAUCUGGUGGGUGGACCAAGAAAAGGGCAUUUUUCAGUUCUCCACCAAACACAAAGAAGCCCUGGCCAGUCAGUGGGGUGUCCAGAAAGGAAAUCGCAAAAUGAUGACCUACCAAAAAAUGGCUCGCGCGCUGAGGAACUACGGGAAAACUGGCGAGAUUCAAAAGGUGAAAAAGAAGUUGACCUACCAGUUCAGUGAGGAGGUUUUAAGGAGCUUCUACUCUCAACAGUAUGUUCACUGA